UUUUUGAAAAAGAAAAAUUUGCGAAAAUUUGACAAUUUUAAAGCCAUUAUUGGCCAUUAUUAUUGGCCACGGAAAAAACAUUCUGGCCCACUGUGAAUUGGUAUGUUUUGAGAAAUAACUUUCCGUCCUUACAAGCUUUGCAAAGAUUAUCCAACAAUUAUCAUUUUUCUUGUCACACACUAAAGUAUUAAGUAGAGGAGAGCGGGGCUAAAAGUCAUAAGGGUUAGUUGUCAUAGUCGCUAUUUCGGAAUUUUAUAGCUGGAUUGAUGCUGCGAUUUUUUUUUAUUGUAUAAAUGGUGCUGAAAGAUGACUGCUCAGUUGAUAUCAUGAAAUUCGUGCGAAUAGUUUUUCUACAAAUCCAAAAAAAGUAAAAAUUUCGUUGGUAAGUAACUUUUUAACUUUUUUGUUCAAAUGUUCAAUACAGUAACAAUAUGCAAUAUUUGUGUUUAAUACAUUAAAAUGUUUAUAGUUUUGGAAAUUCUUUUUUGGUGUGCUAGUCAUUUUUCAGAUUCACGGCAAUGAUAAAAAGUUAUUUAGGUCAAACCUUCCUCUACCCCCUGUGGGGCAAGUUGUCCUAUUUUAAAGGAGGCAAGUUGUCAUAUAAGAAAAAUUGCCUCCAUACUUUCAUAUAGUUAUAAGUCUUAAUUGAAUGUUAAUAAUACAUACAAUGCUUAUUAUAAGUAAUAAACAUCAAUUAAAUGAAUUAGGCAUAAUAUUUAAGAUUAAUAAUGAGCCUUAGUAAACAUUAAUAAAUUGAUAGUGGUAGUUAUAGACAUUAGGAAGUUAUAAAGUUUUGCUUACUUGGACUUUUAUCCUAACAUUUUUUUUUUUUUUUUUUUGCUUUAUCGGAUUUUAAAUCAUGGUUCGCAAUUAUCAAAGGAAAACCAGUAGAGGUACCACUGCUAAAUGCACAAUUCUUGAAGCAGUGAAUGCUGUAAAGUUACGUGGCAGAAGCAUAGCCCAGGUGUCUCUAGAUUUCAACAUCAACUAUAGAAGCCUACAACGCUAUUUGUCAAAAGCCUCUACAGAAGAUCUUCAAGAAAACUCGACAAUACCUUCAUUUCACACUGGCUACGUACAACCUAGGCAAGUGUUGACACAGAAGCUUGGCCUUACAUCAAAAGAUGUUAGGAAACUAGCAUAUCAAUUAGCAGAUGCUAAUAAAUUGGCUAUGCCAAAAUCAAGGAUGGAAAAUCAUUGUGCUGGGAGAGAUUGGUUUAUGUCUUUCCUACAAAAAAAUCCAUUAUUGUCUUUAAGAGUUCCAGAGGCCACAAGCAUUGCACGUGCCAUAAGUUUCAACAAACACAAUGUUGAAAUGUUUUUCAAUAAUCUUCAGGUGUGUUUUCAACGUCACUAAUUCACACCAGCAGAUAUUUGGAACAUGGACAAAACAGGGGUAACUAAAGUUCAAAAACCUGAUAAAGUGAUCUCAAGAAAGGGCCAAAAGCAAGUUGGGGCAAUAACCUCAGCAGAAAGAGGUGCUUUAGUUACCUUGGUAUGUGCUGCAUCUGCUAUUGGUAACAGUAUUCCACCUUUUUUCGUAUUUCCGAGAGUCAAUUUUAGGGACCACUUUUUAACUUCUGCACCACCUGGCAGUGAUGGAGACACAAAUCCAUCUGGUUAGAUGAAGGAAGACACUUUUUGUAAAUUUAUUACUCAUUUUGUAAAAAAUGCACGGCCUUCAAAGGAGCACCCAGUUUUGCUACUGGUUGACAAUCACUUUUCGCACUUGUCAUUGAAUGCACUAGAUUAUGCGACAGCAAAUGGAAUUAUUAUGUUACGUUUUCCACCCCAUUGCACCCACAAGUUGCAGCCACUAGAUAGAACAGUCUAUGGCCCUUUUAAAAAGGCUGUAAAUACAGCCAUCAACAGUUCGAUGGUCAGUAACCCUGGAAAGGGUAUGACAAUUUACAAUAUUCCAGAGAUAGUGAAGGUUGCCUUUCCUUUGAGCAUGACACCAAAUAACAUACUGAGCGGAUUUUCUUCCUGUGGCAUCCACCCAUUUAACCCUCAAAUAUUUACAGAUUUGGACUUUGCUCCAAGUUCAGUAACAGAAAUGCCUAUGCCAGUCAAAAUUAAUCCUCAAUUAACAAUGCCUCAAGCUUCAGAGGUUACAGUCUCACCAGAACAAUCCACUUGUGCUUCAACUUCAAGUUUGAGUUUGUCAUCACAGGAGCAUUCAACAUUUCAAGCCAAAUCAAUUUCUGAAUGCUUUGAGCUUGCAUCUCCAGAUAAAGUAAAGCCAUUACCAAAAGUACUAGAAAGAAAGCCUUCUAAAAACACACGCAAAAAGAGAACUUCGUCUUUUUUGACUGAUUCCCCUUUCAAAAAUUCUAUGAGAUCAGCACAGCCACUGCCAAAAAAUGCAAAAGUUCUGCUAAGGGAAAGGGAAAAGGCAAAGCAACAAAAAAGCAUACACAAGACUCAUCAUCAUCAGAAGAAGAUGAAACCUACUGUAUUAUUUGCAUGAAUACUUGGGCUAAUCGCAGAGAUGCUGAAAAAUGGAUCAAAUGCUGUGUGUGCUCAAGCUGGGCAAAUGUACAGCAGGAGGGUCCAGCUACAUUUGCCAUAACUGUGACUCUGAUAAUGAUUAUUAAUGGUCAUUUUCAAAGUGUUUUAGAGUAUAAAUUAUAAUAUAA